UGCACUCAAUGGGCUGAUUUACGCUGGACAAUCCCGGAGAGAGCGUGUUUAGUCGCGUCUUCCGCUUUGUCCGUCGAUUCACCCACAAACGGACCCUGGAGCGAGCAGAAGCCAAAUACAGGAAUUCCGUUUUCCUGCUGCGGGACAUCACAAUGGAUGCUGUAACACACUACCACUUGCAGCACAUGAGAUACGAACUUGACCACUUGUGUGGCGGCUGGGACCAUUCCAGAAUUGACAUAACCAUAAGCCAAUCGGCUACCGCUCCCUGCGACCCAAUGGACCGGGCCAAGAGCGAUAAGCCCAUUGACCCGGAAGAUUUCAACACCGACAGGGCGGAGGGGACGAAGGCUGACGACUUCUGGUUCAAUGGUGUGGCCCGCGUGUCUAAAGCUGUGGGGCAGUCUGCAGACAAGACUCAGCGGGACACCCGUGACAUCCCUCUGAGGGGCCUCUGGGACACUGGAAGUGAUGGGAAUUUCGUCUCUGCAAGCUUCUUGGACAAGCACGGGAUACAUGGCCCUGAUGUAGUACGGAGCCUCUCCCGUAAGAAAACGGUCGUUGGUGCGGAGGAGACGAUGGAGACUAAGAUAGACCACGAGGCGGAUCUGACUUGGAGCUUGGAUGGCAUAGCUUUCCGCAAGGAUACAUUCUUUGUGAUGAAGAACGGCGGGGAUUCAUAUGACAUUCUGCUGGGACGGGAGUUCAUCUCAGACAACGAUAUCUUUGCGGUGAAGGCCAAGGUGCCGGUGAUGAGAGUCCGCAGACUGGGCGUGUUCAGCAGGAGGAAGCUGAAAGAUGAGGUUGACGAACUGCAGAAGCAAGCGGACAAGCUGUCCGAGAGGCCCGAAGACCGCGAUCUUCGCCUGCAGCUGGACGCCAAGGACAUGCGAAAGUCUCCGUUUACCGUGUCCUCGACCGCAACUACCACCGUCAACGGCACCCCGAGCGUCUUUGGCACCCCUUUCUUGGGCAGCUCUUCUCCUCCAGGGUUGGGUAUCACCCACCCCCCCUCUCCCUUGCGACGCGGGACAAGGAACGAAUCGCCAUCUCGAUCCCCGGCGGCGACGCUUCCCUCCCCGCAGCCAACUCCAUCCCUCUGAUAGGGCGGGCAUGGUAUUGCUAGGUGCACAUCUCCGGUUCGAUACAGCCCCCGCCGACAUGCACACGCCUUGGACUCGCGCAUCCCACUGGCCGGGUUUACGGACUGAGUGGGGUCAUUGACACCCGACA